AUGAAGUGCUUUGGAAGAACUGAAACCCGAAGAGAGCAAUGUAGCAAGGAAGAGAAAGGUAAAGGAAGGCGAUGGUGCAGGGCCGACUCAAAAGAGAUAAAGCUGGGUGGAGAAGCAAAGACAAUGACUGUGUCUCAUAUAAACAUCCAUGGAAUCAGGGGGAAAAAGCAGCAGCUAGAACUAUUCAUUGAAGAAAAUAAGCCAGAUAUAUUGGGAGUAAGCGAAACGCACAGUGCAAAUGCCAAGGAGCUGCCCGUUAUAAAGGAUUAUGUAUGGGUUUGCAGCCCUGGAACAGACAAGAGCGCAGGAGUAGGGAUAUUGCAUAAAAAGGAUCUCAGCAUAUGCGAAACCCACCUUCCUACAGGAGGGAGGGUCUCGGCAAUGCUCAGUGAUAGGUUGGCUAUUAUGGAGGUAUACUCGCCAGUAGAAGGCUCAAGUGAUGAUGAGAUGGAAAAAUUCUACGAUGAGAUAAACAGGACUAUCUCAUGAGUAAGACUUCGGGAAAGACCAUUGCUAUUAAUGGGCGAUUUUAAUGCACACCUUAAGGGAUGGUGAGCUGAGCAGACAAACUCGAAUGGGAAGAGAACGAAGGCACUCUGCCUAGAGUGAGGAUUAAACAUACUGGAACAAAAGGAGUCAACUCACUUGCGCUCUUCUGGAACGACACACUGCAUCAACUUUUAUCUAGCCGACAAUCGCAUAAUGGACCGGAUUAUCGACAUAAAGGUUAACAUCGACAACUCCAUCAGGAGCGACCAUUUACCACUUACCUUGAAGCUUUGAGACCAGCGGAGGACAUUAGACAUACCUGUGGUCAAGAGGAUAAGGUUCGACAGACUAAAUAGUCCGGUAUAUCUAAAGGUUUACCAGAAAGAACUCAAUAAUGAGCUACUUGCACUAGAGCCGGAAGCCGGCAUUGGAACGGAGGAUCUAUAUGGCCUAUUAAACAAAAUCCAACUGAGCGUAGCGGGAAGGGCGUUUGGGUACACUAGCGAAAGAAUGCCAGGGACGCUUAGCAGGACGGCCCUAAAUGAGUUGAGAGCUGCCCGAAGGCACAGAUGAAAAGCCCUGAAGCUCUUAAAGAAAGGGGACCAUAAUGGGUAUUCAGAACAGAUGACCAGGCACAAACUCAAGAUGAAAAGCUUCAAAUUGCAGGUAAAGCGAGAUGCUAACUUAAGCAUGAGAGAAAAAGAAAUAGAAAAUAUGCUGAUAGGAGCUAAAGACAUGUGAGAAGUCGUCAGAAACUUGAAAAAGGCAAAAAGAGGUGGGAACUUGAGAUUCACGUCUAAGGAAGAAGGGGUGAUCACAGAGUGAUGGACGAAGCAGUACAACUGGGGAGUAUAG